AUGAGACCCCGGGUGAGGGUGGGGACCGCUGGAAAACGGUCUUGUCAACAGGCCCCAGAGCAGCGGCCCGCGGGACCCGGGCUGGUCAAUGCCAAAGGGUCCAUCCGAGAGAUCAUCCUGCCCAAGGGCCUGGACCUGGACCGGCCCAAGAGGACGCGCACGUCCUUCACGGCGGAGCAGCUCUACCGGCUGGAGAUGGAGUUCCAGCGCUGCCAGUACGUGGUGGGCCGCGAGAGGACCGAGCUCGCCCGGCAGCUCAACCUCUCCGAGACCCAGGUGAAGGUCUGGUUCCAGAACCGGCGCACCAAGCAGAAGAAGGACCAGGGCAAGGACUCGGAGCUGCGCUCGGUGGUGUCAGAGACCGCGGCCACGUGCAGCGUGCUGCGGCUGUUGGAGCAGGGUCGCCUGCUGUCGCCGCCCGGCCUGCCCGCGCUGCUGCCGCCCUGCGCCACGGGCGCUCUCGGCUCUGCGCUGCGCGGGCCCACACCGGCCGUGGGCGGCGCUCCGGGCCCCGGGCCCGCUGGACCCGGCGGACUGCACGCGGGCGCGCCGGCCGCCAGCCACGGCCUCUUCAGCCUGCCCGUGCCCUCGCUGCUUGGCUCAGUCGCCAGCCGCCUCUCCUCCGCCCCGUUGACAAUGGCUGGUUCGCUAGCUGGGAAUUUGCAAGAACUCUCCGCCCGAUACCUGAGCUCCUCGGCCUUCGAGCCUUACUCCCGGACCAACAAUAAAGAAGGGGCCGAGAAAAAAGCGCUGGACUGA